AUGGACCCACAGAGUAAUAAAAAGAAGAAACCCUCUGGUUCUAUUUCGGUCAGUGGCUCCCCAGUCAGAGAAAUCCACUGCCUGUUAUUAUUCAAGCCAAGCCCUUUACAAUGAUUCUAAUACCCUGUAAGUGCCCUAACUCUCAACCUCGAGGAGCCCAAUCCUAUUCCUCCAAAACCAAAAUAUCCCAAAAGAGAAGGGGUUCUAUCCCUCAAACAAUGACUUAUAUAAUGGCAUACUCCUUAACUCCUACCUCAAAACUGGUUACAUCUGGUCCAUAUUGGACUCACCCACCCCCAAGCCCCAUUUUUCGUUGCACUUGUCAACCUCCAGAAGGACGUCAAAGGAGGGGGUUGGAGGAAGUUAAUGUUCCAUUGCCCUUUCUUCGACCUCCCUUUCUGGUUCUUCCCCAAGUUCCACCCAUGGAUGCUGGUGUCGGCAGCGAAGGUGCUGAUGUUGGCAAUGACCAUGCUUACUCUGCAGUCCUCGGCUGACUGCGACGCUAUUUUUCCUCCCCCCACUACGAAUCUCAAUUUUUCUGGCCUCAUGCUCCCUUCGCCCUAGAAUCAACUGUAUCUCAGCAGGAGUGAGAGUUACAUCCAUCCCACUGGUCACAACACCCCCUCCAUGGAUUAACUCUCGCUCCUGGUAUAUAACCUUUCCAUUGGCCAGGUGAAUGGUUCAGGUUCUGCCCCCACCCGGCUUUCUUCACGACUUCACCAUCACCUCAUGGAUAUAUUCUCCCUCGAGCUCUCUCGGGCACACCCCACUCCUUGUGAGCCCACCAGCGAGGUGUGCUCUGUACCUCAGGCUUUUUGUACCUUUCCACAUCUACCUCCGGUAACUGGUCCCUGAAAAUCCAUAGCCACCGCCCUGACCUCUUCUAUCGCUUUAGACCUCUCCACACAGUUGGUACAUAGUGGUGCCUCCGGGGUCAACUAUAGGUAAUGGCAUCUUACAUGGGCAAUCCCGCAUGUUCCACAGUGGACCUACAGAAACAAACAGCCAUUGUUAGCAUACAAAUAAACCCACAAACAACUGUGGCCCCUCAUGAUGAGUUCAGAAUGUUUGUGGCCCCCACCCCGAUCAAAGUUGGAGCUAUGACUUGCUCGCUCUGUAAAGUGGAUACCGUACAUUACUAAACACAGCAUAGUCAGUCCAUUUUUAAAAAAUAUAAUCCAGUCUAAUGCUGUGAACAAUCCCAACACCAGCAGCCACCCUGAGAUCUUACACGCGGCCCAGUAGUAUCUGUCACCACAGAUACACUCCUAUUUGCAGCACACCCCAUUCUUACGUACUGUACCCAACCUGCCUUGUUUCUGCUUCUAGUGGCCUCAGGGUACCAUACCAUUCUAAUCCUAUGUCCACAGCUUGCCACACCAACAAGACUUAUUUGCAGUACUUGUCCUUGCCUUGUUCCAUAGGGCAUCUCCCCAAUAGGUAAACCAUAAACCAACUGCAUUAGUACCUCCAGGGCGCUCCCAACCAUAUCCACCCUCCUAGUUUGAUGGUUCCUCCUAGUAAAAUAAUGAUCCUAAUUACCCAACCCUCCUUCCAUGAGCCCUGUACACAGUAUCCCAACCAUAAUAGGUAUAGUAAGGUAUAGUCUACCCCAGUCACCCAUGACUCAUUCAGGUUUGUCUCGUUCUCUGUGAAAUUGCCCUCAUUGUUGUUGGUGAGGUUACCCGACAUCUUGCCCCUUGGCUCCUAUCCUCUCUAGUGCAUCCCUCACCCACAACACUUGGCUUAUAUCACAUUUCAUUCCUUCAACAGGAAUUGAAUCUGCUACAUAACGUUUCAAUGCUGACUCGGAGGGUGGCCUAUUUUACCCCAUUCUGUCAGCAAUUCUUGCCCCCACCCAAAACUGAGCCCCUUCCUACACGCAGGAGACCGGGGUUCAAUUCCCUGAUGGGGAGCCACUCCCAGCUAUGUUCCCUUCCGCCAUGGCUAUUAUUAACCCGUUUACUAACUGCGCUUGUUAAAUUAUUACAGGUUCAUCAGGGAGCACCUCGGAUUCCAGUCUUGGGUCAAACUUUCGACAUACCUCAGAUAGCCCUUCUCCUCUCCUCCAUCUGCUCCCUGAAUGUUUUCAGAGUGCCCAAACUCCUAGGCUUUACCAACAUAGGGGGACCUUCUUCCCUAAGGUCUCCUCCAUUCCCUGGUGCUGUAUAGCCACCUGAGGCCCCCAUGGCACAGCUACGCGCUCUAGUGGUUGUUUUCCGACCCUUUAGCAAAACAGCCAGAUCCUCCCGGUUACAUCCAUCCCACGAGUCACAACAACUGUUGAGAUGGUAGCUAGUGGUUGACGUGGAGACAGUGGAGGAGAUAGCUGUGUUGCUGUUGAGGUGCCAUGAGUGGUCCUCAUGACCAAGAGGUUAUCUAUCUGUCAUUCCUCCCACACUCUCUGUCUCCUUCACCGGCCACUUUGGCACAAUGACUCAAUGGCUUAUCAAACCGCCCUCCCCUCUUCUCCUCCCCUUCAUCUACACUGAUUGGGAAAGACUUGCUAGGUGUAAACAAUAUGGUGGAAGCUCAUCAUUAGGCUGGCUUUCACCUGGUCAGGUCUUUCAAAUCAGUGCAAUGAAGGAGAGGAGGCGAGGAGAGGACAGACUUUUAGACAAUGGAGAGAGAGCCAGUGAGUCAGUCCUCUUGUAUUAGACACACACACCUCCUGGUCCUCUAGCUGUGACUAUGUAAGCAGCUUCCUGAUUACUGGAGUGGGACCUUCAGGUACACUGACUAAUGAAGAAGACAAGGAAAUGAAGACUUUCUCCUCUGCUCCUGGACAUGUGUUCAUAUUCUGACGGAGUGUGUGUGUGUGGGAGAGAUGCAGAGUUUACUGAGACUUGCAGCAAAGCAGAACUAAUGGCUCUAGCUAGCUACCUACUCUGUGAAGCUAGUUGGGAUGUUUUUAAUGCCAGUACUUUAUGUUGGGGACAUAUUCAGAGUGAUGUGUGUGACUGGACCUUUGAACUCUGGAAAGUGUGUGUGUGUGUGUUUAUACACUCUUGAAAAAAAAAGGUUACAAUUAUAAUUAUAAUAAUACAAAAGGGUUAUUCGGCUGUCCCCAUAGGAGAACCAUUUUAGGUUCCAGGGAGAACCCUUUUUGGUUCCAUGUAGAACCCUUUUAUAGAACCCUCUGUAGAAAGGAUCCUACAUGGAACCCAAAAGGGUUCUACCUGGAACCAAAAAGGGUUCUUCAAAGGGUUCUACUAUGGGGAAAGCGGAAGAACCCUUUUAGAUUCUAGGUAGCUCCUUUUUUUCUAAGAGUGUAGGAGCCAUACUCUGAGUUUUGACAGGAGCCAUACUCGAAGACACCGCUCACCUUUUCUCUUUUCUUCAACCAAGUCCAAAAAAACGGAAGAGUCUCUUGUUCGUCAGAAAGAAUGAAAAAAUGAACGUCUCUGGAGCACAGAGAGAGAAAAGGCCAGAUAAGAAUCCCCCGUCUAAGUCUCUCUCAUUAUACGAGAGGAAUGAAAAGAGGCACUUCAGAGGCCAGUCCCCUUUUCUUCUGUCCCCUUUUCAUUUUCCCUGUCGUGUGUGUGUGUGUGUGUGUGUGUGUGUGUGUGUGAGCGUGUGUGUGUGAGCGUCGGCGAGGCUGAUCUGCUGCUCUGAUGGACACGUACAGGAUGAAGACAAGGAGGAUGAUGGCCUGUUUUCUCUUCUCCACUACGAGAUGCAACAGAUUCUCUCUGCAACAGGAAAUCAAAGUAGGCUAAUAAAUGGCUCUUUUUGAGGUAAUAACAAAUUAAAAUGUCUCUAGUUCCACUCCUAGGACAAUCUCAGUCCUCCUGUCAAAUUUUGGCUCUGGUAGCCUAUCAAUAUUUUGGUGGUACCUGUAGUUAUAUGACUUCAUUAGUAUUUGUAUUUAUUAGGGAUCUCCAUUAGCCAAGGCAGCAGCUACUCUUCCUGGGGUCCAAACACAUUAAGGCACUUAUAUCACACAUAAAACAAAAGAUGAAACAGUACAUCAUAUAACAUUAUUACACCACUACAUAUCUACAAUACAAAAUGUAUAAUACCACCAUACAACAAUAUUACAAUGUACGUGUGUGUAGAGUGCGUGUACUAUUGUGUGUGUUCAUGAUUUAAAUUAGACACAAUAUUCUCUUCCUUCAUAGAAAAUGUACCAUGAUAUAAUUGUAAACCAAUACUGUUAUAGCCUCAUUGCAAUAUAAGGCUUUCAGAGACAAACAAACCCACACCACUUUCUUCCUCUGAUCUGCCUCUCACCCCCACCCCACCCCGACCCCUCACCUUACACCCCCCACCCCUCACCCCUCACCUCUCACCAUACACCCCCCACCCCAGCUCAGUCCAUGUAUCUGCCUGUCCCCUCUACUCACCCCAGAAAUCUACCUGUCCCCCACCCCUCCUUACAUGCCCCCAGUUCUGCCCCCUUCCUGUAGCUCUGUGUUCCCCUAACAAGGUGCAGCAGGCUUGUCACACUGCAUUUGUAGAGCUGGACUGCCUCCUGGGACAGUGUGUGUGUGUGUGUGUGUGUGUGUGUGUGUGUGUGUGUGUGUGUGUGUGUGUGUGUGUGUGUGUGUGUGUGUGUGUGUGUGUGUGUGUGUGUGUGUGUGUGUGUGUGUGUGUGUGUGACUCAUUUGUAUGCAGGAAUGGGAAAUUAUCACUUCCGUGGAAGCAGGGGUCAAUCAAAGCAAAUAUCCGUCUCGCCGGUCAGUUAAUGAGGAAAUAAUUGUGUUCAUCAUCCAGACUCCCAGAUGAUGGAAGGGACACAGCAGAGUAUGUGUGGUAUGUAUGAGAGUGUGUGGUUAAUGGUUAUGGGCUUGUAGUUAAUCGCUGCAUCUAAUGGAGAGUAAUGGGACACUAUCACAAGCCUGUCCCUUGUCGGACUUAUCUUAUCUAUCAUUGUGUGUGUGUGUGUAUAUGUGUAUGACAAAGUACAUCAGUGUAUAUUUGCAUGAGUAGAGUCAUUAGAGUCAGUGUACAGUGUGUGAGUGUUUGGUUUCAUCAGUCAAUCCAAGGUCCAGGGCCUCUAUCUGUGAGACUCUAAAAAUAACAGUAAUGACAGUGCUGAGAAUUCUCUGAAAGAGAUUCAUUACGCCUCGGUUUUAGUUCACCAGUGUUGUGUGUGUGUGUGCGUUUGUCUCUGUGUCUGCGUGUGUCUGUGUGUGUAUUUGUCUGACAUACUUUCUCCUAACCAAAGCUAGUACCAGACAUCCAGAUAUCCCUACAUGCUCAUGCUAAUUGGGAUUUUUCAUACCCACCCACCUGCUCCCUCUCACUUCCCUCCCCCUCUCUCUUUCUCUCUAUCUGUCUCUGACUGCCUGUCUCUCUCUCUCUCUCUUUCUCUCUUUCUCUCUCUCUUGGACAGAUGAAGACCUAAGGGAUAGAUACUUCUCUGCCAAGGUUGUCUAAUGCCAUGGCCCAAUUAAGACCCUCCCUCUCUAAAUUAAUGAGGGAGCAGGUCCACCAUUUGUCAAACCUGAACACACACACACACACACACACACACACUAGGGUGUGGAGGGUGUAGUCCUAUUUAUAGAUGGGUUGGGUUUCUGAUUGUCAUUGUAUAGCUGGCAGGCUGCUGGUAGCUGGCACAAUCUACAUCACAUUCUCCCUGUGUUUAAAUGUAGUCUCACACUCACGUACACACAGUGCUUGAAUUGGUCCGGUGCACACCAGCACCUCUAAUGUUGUACUGCUUAAGUACCGGUUAUAUUUCUUAUCAGACUGGAGUGUGCCCCGGGGGAUAAACACUGCUAGAAUAUUUGCUCUAAACUAUGAACACUGGUACUGUAAAAUGUAAUUGAGUACCAAAGCCUAAAAUGAGUUGCACCUCUUUUAUACUGAGAUUGAAUUUGAUAACCAGGGUAGUGUGUUGGUGAGAGUGUAUGUUUAGCGUUCUGGGCAGCCCAUGGUGCAACCACAAUGUUAACCUUAGACUGGAGUGCAGGAAGGGGGAUCACCACUCCUAGCAUCAAGUUAGUCACUCACAACAGCUGAAGCCAGGGUCCGAUUCCACCACUACAUACCUUCAGACUCUCUUACUGUUUCCCAUCUCCCAUAGAACCACUGUGGUAACCUUCAGUUUGAAAAGAGGGCAAGAAUUCCUCUGAGAGACAGGGGGGGGACUGAGUGAGAGAGAGGCAGAGGGCUGAGAGAGAGAGAGAGAGAGAGAGAGAGAGAGAGAGAGAGAGAGAGAGAGAGAGAGAGAGAGAGAGCGCGAAGAGAUAGAGAGAGAUAUAUGCAUAGAGAGAUGAUAGAGAGAGAGAGACGAGAUAGAGAGGAUAGAGAGACCUAUAUAGAGAUAAUAUAUAGAAAAACACUCAUACAAACACAGAGAGCACUCACACAAAGCACAGAGGAUGUAUCUAGCUCUGUCUGUCUGUCUGACACACUGAAUGAUUUGGACCCAGGGGAUCUCUGCAUGUGUUUGCAAAAUGUCCUAAAUAUUUCACUGAGUUUUCAGUCCUCUGCAGCUCUGAGAUUCUCAAUGUCACCUUGACUGUCUGGUCAGGUAGGCAGCAGCUCACCAGGGGAAACUGCAGUGGGUUAUUUUAGCCUAGAUAGAUCACUGCUCCCUCCCUCCCUGCCUCCUUACUACUAGUCUACCACUGUGAUUUAUGAUGUCCUGGUCUGAAAACAGAGAGAUGAAGGAGUGGAAAAGACACACAUGAAUGCACACACACACACACACACACACACACACAACCUCUCAUUGGAUUUGAGCUGUUUCAUCCCUCAGGGUCCACCCUACUCACCUUGACACCUAUAGGAAAACAAGAAACAAGUAGUGGAAGUGUUACAGCCCUAGUGAGUUGUUGGAGACCACCUUCUGUCAGAGACCUUGGAGGCUUAUCAUUCAUCAUCACAAUCUUCCCUUGAUCAGGCAAAUUCAUAACACCAUAGUCACAGUAUAUGUUUAGUGAGUUUGAGAAUUAUCAGAGAUUUGCAUUGAAAGGUAAACAUGCUAGCCCUACUUGGGGGUGUUGUGUAAUGUCAUUUGCUUAGGAUGUAAUUUGAUGAAUGGGUAAUUUGAUAUCCAUCCAUCUUACAUCUCAAUAUCCGUUUUCAAUUAUUGGAUAUAUCCUAGACGUCAUGUGCAAUUAUAAGAGAUAGUUUGGUUGAGCCAGAUAGAACUUUAAUCAGUAGGACGUCAGGACCAAGGGGAGCAGUAGGCUACUGCGCCACCCCAGUCCGGAUACCCGGGUCAUAUUUUAAGAGGUGAUAUAAUCAAAAUUUAGGGCGAUUACAUUUUAGGGAGGAAGUCUCGGUGACGUUUCACUUAUUCGUUUUCUCUUACCACCUCUCAGUUUUCGGAAAAGUGACGUGCUCCCCACGCGUGACAAUGGAGGCGACAGAAUUUUUCCCACCUCCUGAAAACUUGACGGCGGUUGUCGUGCACCCGUUAUGCGAAGAAUGGAAGGGGGGAUCCGAGGGUGCCAUCUUCCACCUCGCCAGUAUCUUCCUUGUUUUGGGGUUCAUGGGAGGGAGCGGGUUCUAUGGGCUCCUCUACUUGUUUACCUUUCUGACGCUCGGUUUCUUCUGCACAACCAUUUGGUCAUGGUCGGACGCGUGCACCACCGACACCUUUUUGUGGAAUUUCGCUCUUUUUGGGGUAUGUGCGGUUCAAGUUGUGCAUGUCGCCUACCGGCUGAGGAACGUUACUUUCGAAAAGGAGUUUCAAGAUCUGUACAGCUACCUGUUCAAAAAGCUGGGGGUGUCGCUCACCCACUUCGGCAAGAUAGUCGCCUGUUGUGAAGGGGACAUCCACACCAUAGAGAAAGACCACUGUUAUGCCAUGGAGGGCAAGACUGCUAUUGAUAAGCUGUCCGUUCUUCUGUCCGGCAGGUGCAUUUCAACUUCACUUGUACAUUUGAUCCAACUGUAUUUGAUGUUAUGUCAUAUAAGAUAGCCUAAUGUCCCACUUUUUCUUACAGAAUUCGUGUGACAGUAAAUGGAGAGUUUUUACAUGACAUCUAUCCUUUCCAGUUUCUCGAUUCACCUGAAUGGGACUCUCUCCGGCCGUCAGAGGAGGGAGUUUUCCAGGUAAAUAGUAAACUGAUCCAAUAAGCUAAUUUUGGCUAAUGUGUCUGGCAUAUACACUGAGUAUACAAAACAUUAAGAAAUAUUUGCUCUUUCCAUGACAUAGACUGACCAGGUGAAUCCAGGUGAAAGCUACUGUAUGAUCCCUUAUUGAUGUCACUUGUUAAAUCCACUUCAAUCAGUGUAUGUGAAGGGGAGGAGACCGGUUAUUUUUAAGCCUUGAGACAAUUGAGACAUGGAUUGUGUAUGUGUGCCAUUCAGAGGGUGAAUGGGCAAGACAAAAUAUUGAAGUGCCUUUGAACUGGGGUAUGGUAGUAGGUGCCAGGCGUACCGGGUUGUAUCAAGAACUGCAAGCUGCUGGGUUUUUCACACGCAACAGUUUCCCAUGUGUAUCAAAAAUGGUCCACCACCCAAAGAACAUCCAGCCAACUUGACACAACUGUGGGAAGCAUUGGAAUCAACAUUGGCCAACAUCCCUGUGGGGGUGCAACUCAAUAUUAAGAAGGUGUUCUUAAUGUUUGGUAUACUCAGUGUAUAAGCAUUAGUGUUUUCUUUCCCCAGGUGACCCUGCGUGCAGAUAAUGGCUGUAGGUACGUUUCUUGGAGGCGUAAGAAACUGUACCUACUCUUCGCCAAGCACCGCUACAUCGCCAAGGUCUUUGCUCUCGUGGUGCGGAAUGACAUCGCGGACAAGCUGUACUCUCUCAACGACAAGGCGUUCGACAGCCGCGGGUUCCGAUAUGAUCUCCGGUUACCCACCUACUGUCACGUGCCUCCGUUGCCUGAAUUAGACCGGACAGAUGCGUUCCUACGAGUCCCGGCGCAAUAUGACCAUGGCCACCGUGCCCGUGUCCCUAUAACUAUAACAGCACCAGAAGAGACUGACUCGUGACUGGAACGGAACUUUUGAAUGUUUGUUUUUCAUUAAUGUAUGUUGUUUUUGUCUCUUUGUUAUCCUCAAGUGCUUAGGCUAUGGAUAGGGCAUAAGCUAUGUAAUUUACGCAUCAACAAAGACUACAUUGUAGCACAUGAAGUAACCCUCCACUUGGUUUGCCAGAUAUCAUGCAAUAGGCGUGUGUGUGAGAGAGAUGUGAGAUUGAGAGAAAGAGAGAGAGAGAGUGAGAGAGGAGAGAGAUGUGUGUGUGAGAGAGAGAGUGAGAGAGGAGAUUUUCUCUGCAUCAAAAUACCAGUGAAAUGUUACCCCUGAUUCCUGUUUAUGUUUUAUAGUGCACUUUACUACCUGCCUGUCUUAAAUUGAGACUGUAUAUUCAAUUGUCUGACAGAGUUUUUGUCAAUAUUUGUGUUUAAUAAAAAAGUAUUAACAAUGCAAUGUAGCCCUAUACGUUUUGUAUGUCGAAUAACUUUCAUUUGGCCUACAACAUUUUCUUCGGGGAGCGUGCAUUUCUGUAGAGCAGCCUACAGGUGAGUGUCAAUCACCUUCUCGCUCUGAUCCUGGCGCUGACCUUGGUGCUGAUCUCAUUCAUAUCCGCUCUUGUCAACCUCAUCACGCAGCUCAUGUCACCUCUGGAGGGUGAAGGACCACUGUUCAAUUAGGUUAACCAAAAUCUCGAAACACAUAACACGAUUCACUCGACUGGCUUCAUAAUAUUAUUUUCGAGGAGUUGCUGGCUGCAAGGCUAUAUUUUCAGUUUUCAAAAAGGGAAGUUUUGACCACCUCCUGUUGGCGUGCCCGGACUUUGCAGGUGCGCAGCGGCGGGGUAGUGUUGACUGCUGUCUCCUCGCCGCUUGCCCAUUUUAGUCAAUGCCUGUCAGCUCGCUGGAAUGCGCGACUCACAUUGUGCAGCCCCCCAGCUCGCGAGGACCUAAAUUUAUAGCUCCUCAAUACUUGUCCAUUGUUUCUUCUCCUUAUUCUGUCCAGCGACGCGUUUGAUCGAUUGUUGUCAGAUUGGUAAGUUAUAUCUCCCAUUCUCUGUUAUCUUACUCUGACUGAGUGGUGAAAGUAAAGUUGAACGCUCAAACAUAUUAGGCUAUUUCUUAAGACGUCUACCGGUAGGUCCCGUUAAUUUUCUGCAAGCAGUGUAGUGUAGCCGACACAUUUCGCACUUUUUCCCAUUUCCAUUUCAUAAUCUGUAUCUGAGGGACUGGCAAUCAAAUAUUGUUGAGCGCUGGUCGGCUGAUCUGCUCUAAACCCACUGGAGUUUGGUAUUUUCCCACACAUGUGUUUGUGUUGCUGCAACAUUAAAGUGAAACCCUUCAAUGUCACUCCAGUGCUCUAUGAUCGGUGUGAUGAAUUCCCAGGCUACUUACAGUAUUAAAUCAGUUGCACAUUUUUUGAUGAAUCAAAUAUUAUGUUGACAGUGUCAGUAGGCCUACAAGCAUCUCAAAGGUGAUUCUAAUGCAUUACUACAAAAAUAAAACAUUUGGAAAUACAGUAAUCUGUUAUGAAAAUCUAUUGAAACCUGAGGAUAUUGAGAUUGUGAUAGUGACAAACUGAUGUACACUAUGAGAACAGCAGCAACGUGAAUUGAACUUUAAACUGCAAAAAUCCCCUGUUUCUAUCACCAAUCCUGUAACACUUAACUUGAAAGGUACCAACAUAAUAAUACAUUCAUAAUCUGGUACUUACCCCAUUCAUAAGCAAUACAUAAACAACCACAAUACCCUCCUCACCUCUCUCUAGGUGACCCCUGGGCAGGAUCAGGAUGUCUGCUUCUCCAGAGAUGACCAGUAGCCUGUUCUACAUCACCCUGGCCCCACUGCGGUCGGCAGUCCCUGGGUCUGAACCCGAGGCUGGAGGUGGAGGUCUGGUGAUGACCACCAUGGAGCCCAACGGGACCUCCUGUGAGGAGUGGGAGGAGGCCCACCACCUGCUCUUCCACCUGGGGAACCUGUCUCUCCUCCUGGGCCUGGUCAUCCCCACCACCCUGACCCUGCACAUGAUCCUGCUGCGCUUCAUGCUGAUGACAGGUGGGUCCAUACUGCCCUCUGCUGGCCCAGAUUACAGUCCAAUUCGGUGGUCAUGAUAGAUUGCAUUACACACUUUUCAGUUUCAUUACCAGCUCUACUUUCACAGUAUCUCUUCCUCACUCUCCAAAGUAUUCACUCAUUCACUCCCCCUCAAGGAUUGAUAUGCAUUGAAUUGCUGUUAGAAAUAUGAUAGAAGCACUAUAGUGAGUGAACGAGUGCACACUUCGUGGAGAAGGGGGAGUUGCUGCGGUAGUACAGCUGGUAAUGAAAUUGAAAAGUAUGGAAUACAACCAUAUCAUGACCACUAUGUUGGUGGUAGCACAGUGGGAAAGGCCCUGAGUAGAGUGGAAUGAUAUCAUAUCAUGACCACCAUGUUGGUGGAAGCACAGCUGCCUACUGGAGUUUUCUCAAGCUAGUUGAAGAAUUUACGGCUAUAGGGCAAUAUGAGGAUAUAACUCAACCAAUAACAACUCAAGUGCGCUUUAUUACUUCCUGUUCCUGUCCCUGACAGGAAGCUGUCUGUUCAUCACCUGGGCUACGCUGUACCGGUGUAACCUGGAUGUCAUGGUGUGGAACGUGGUCUUCCUGCUGGUCAACUUCAUGCACUUCUUCUACCUGAUCUACAAACGCAGACCUGUGAGUUCUGCCCCAACUCAACACAUUCCAGUUAGAUGCUGAUUGUGGUCCAUUUAUAUACAGUACACACAUACAGCUUAGAGUAGGUACAAGUUACCUGGAACAGUUAUUUUGAUGAGGACUUUUGGAGAUUCGUUUUCCAUUGUGUCUCUCAGCGGGGAGACAGCCAGUCACAUGCCCCUGGUGUUGGGGCCACUCUGUCUCUCUCUACCUAAAUGAGAUGCAGGUCUUUCAAAUGCACUGCUGCCACCAGGGGACUUUCAAUGUGUAGCGGGCCUUCACAUAACUGACAGAAUGGGACCACCUGUCCUCAUAACGAGAAAGGAAGUUAUGUAUACUGCAGUCCUCUUCACUCCCAUGGGAAUGACAUACAUGAGUGAAUUGUGUGCUAUCAAUUCAAUAUCAAGGAUGAGUAGAAUUAGGUGGCCCUCACUUUAUGUUGGCUGCUGUGGUGACAUUUGAUUAAAGACCCUAAAAUAUACUUAAUGCCUGGUUCUUGAUAACACGCCCUGUGGCGAUCCACCCUGAAUCAGGAGCCUAGCUCAAGUCACGUCAAUCAUCCAUCAUAACACUUUAUAUGCCACUUUAUCAGCGUAUAGACAAUGAGCUGUAACCGUACUGUCUUCUGUCAGAUUAAGAUUGACAGGGAUCUGAAGUCAGUGUACAAGCGGAUGUUUGAGCCCCUCCACGUGCGCGAGGCCCUGUUCCAGAGACUGACGGGUCAAUUCUGCACCAUCCAGAGCCUGAAGAAGGGACAGGUGUACGCAGCCGAGGACAAGACCUCCGUGGAUGAGCGCCUCAGUAUCCUCCUUAAAGGAAAGUAGGUAUCACUCUGAGACAUCUCCCUGUCACCUAUUUACGAUGUCAUUCCACCCCUGGUUUUCCCUGAAUGAUGUUUGAUCAAUAAGGUUUAGCAGUAUCUGUGUGCAUCUGUGUGCAUUUGAUCCAUCCAUGGUCAUCCGUGUUGACUAUAAGUUUGUGUGCGACAGAAUGAAGGUGUCAUAUCGAGGUCAUUUCCUCCAUAACAUCUACACGAACGCCUUCAUCGACUCCCCUGAGUUCAGAUCAACCCAGAUGCACAGAGGAGAAAAAUUCCAGGUAACAAGAAGCUCAGAUUAUUGAAUGUACCAUUUAUUUAUUUAUUUUUGAUAUAUAACCCAAUUUACCACUUACCCGUAUUCCAGUUCAUAGUAGUAUCCAUACUGGGUAGACCAAACAACACAAGUGACGUUGGCAUGAUUAGAUAAUGAUAGGGCAGGUUUGUUACCAUGACAGCCUGUGACUUGUUGAUUAAUUUACAGGUGACCAUCAUGGCGGAGGAGAACUGUAAGUUCCUGUGUUGGUCCAGAGAGAGACUCACCUACUUCCUGGAGUCUGACUCCUUCCUUAACGAGGUGUUCAGGUACCUCAUUGGCAAAGACAUCACCAACAAGCUGUACUCGCUCAAUGACCCCACUCUCAGUGACAAGGUGGGUUUAGUCACUGUUCAGAAACUGAGACACUGUAGUUUCUAUUGUCUAGAAACACCUUCCUAAUGUUGAGUUGCACCCCCUUUUUCCCUCAUAACAGCCUCAAUUCAUUGGGGCAUGGACUCUACAAGGUGUCGAAAGCGUUCCACAGGGAUGCUGGCCCAUGUUGACUCCAAUGCUUCACACAGUUGUGUCAAGUUGGCUGGAUGUCCUUUGGGUGGUGGACCAUUCUUGAUACACACGGGAAACUGUUGAGUGUGAAAAACCCAGCAGCGUUACGGUUCUUAACACACUCAAACCGGUGCACCUGGCACCAUACCCUGUUCAAAGGCACUUAAAAUAUUUUGUCUUGUCCAUUCACCCUCUGACUGGCACACAAACACAAUCCGUGUCUCAACUGUCUCAGGUCUUAAACAUCCUUCUUUAACCUGUAUCUCCUUCAUCUACACUGAUUGAUUGGGGCGGCAGGUAGCUUAGUGGUUAAGAGCGUUGUGCCAGUAGCUGAAAGGUCGCUGGUUCUAAUCCCUGAGCCGACUAGGUGGAAAGUCUGUCGAUGUUGCCUUGAGCAAGGCACUUAACCCUAAUUGCUCUGGAUAAGAGCGUCUGCUAAAUGACUAAAAUGUAAAAUUGAAGUGGAUUUAACAGGUGACAUCAGUAAGGGAUCAUAGGAUUCACCUGUUCAGUCUGUCAUGGAAAGAACAGGUGUUCCUAAUGUUUUGUACACUAAUUGUGAUUUGGUCAUUAUCCUUCCUAAGUUACAAAUUGUCUCCUUAGAUUCAAAUAACGAUGAUUAUGUAAGAAAUGAUGAUGAUGAUGGUGGUGGUGACACCGAUGAUAACAAUGAUGACAAUAACAAUAAUGAUGUUUACAUGAACAGGCAGCAAAGAAGAUGGAGCGUCAGCCCAGCCUCUGCUCCCAGCUCUCUAUGAUGCAGAUGAGGAACAGCAUGGGCAGCACCAGUGACACCGACGACAUCCUGAACCAGAUCCACCGUGGAGGCUCCAGUGGCUCCUCACAUCGUAAGUCUCACCACCUCCCAUCAAGCUGUGAUACUAUUGGCCCAUCUGUCAGUGUUUAAACAACCUGAUUAGCUAUUGAGUCUGAAAAAGACUGACACAAUCAUUCUCCUAAUGCUACCUUUUAAUAGUGACAAAGUUUCGAUCCACAAUGGAUCUUUGCCAGGUCAACAGUAGCUGUUAUACAGUCACUAAAUUUACUGAAAUCAUGAGGCAUUCUGGGUAUUUUCAGUUGAGUCCAUCUUCGUCAUUUACCCCUCAUAUCCUCUCUGGUGUGUGAUGUUAACAGACACUAAAUCCUGGUUUAUUAGGGGUUUAGCUCCUAUCUGACAACAUUGUUUUCUAGGGGUUGUGUUCUAGUUAGAGUUGUUCUUUAACAUUGUUUCUCCUGUCCCCCCCUCCUCCUCCACCUCCACCUCUAGCUGUGAAUCAACCCACUCUCUCAGAUCACACCUUGCCCUGAAGGGGGUGUAAGACUAUCUCUUUUCUCCCCCUCCCACCCUGAAAUUCACCUUCCUAAUGCCUGAGUCCAAGAUCUGUUUGUGCUGGACAGUUCAAACAGAUCUGGGACUCAGGCUAGUUAAUUCCCCCAAACCCAACCCUCAAUAUUUAACCCUACAGCUCUGCACUAUGUUGCCUGUUCUAAAACGAGUGAUCCCCGGUAACCUGGUUUGUUGUUUUAACAUCUUAAAAGUUCACUGUUUAAGAGUAAGACAGCAUUCAUUCAUAUCAUCCAUCCUAUAGUAGUAGUGCUGCUGUACAGCUCCUAUUGGAACAUGUAUUUAGACGUACAAGAUACUCUUUAAUCCCAAUAGCUUUUACAUUAUCAUGUUGCAAUUUCCAUAUCAAAUGUAGGGGUUGAAUUGCAAAGUUGACUGAUAUGUCAGGAAAAGUAUUCAGAAUGCUUUUUUUUUUCUUACCAUGCUGAUUUAACUUCACACUGUCUUCCCUCUGUCUCCAACACAAACAUACAGUAUGUGAAAUUAGGGGCCUAUGUGUGAGCCUAUGUGUGUAUUCUGUCAAAUGUGUGGUUGUGAUUCUGUUUUGUUUUUAAAGGAUUGCCAUAUGAGUCAGAAUGAAGGCUUGUGGAAUUUGUGACCUAUGACAACCUCGUUUGUGUCACCUUUAUAGUGUGUUUGUCUGUGACCAUAUGAAGAUGGUUACCUUGGAAACACACACAGUUACAUUGAAAACACACACACACACCUCUAUUCCCACGCUAACUGAUGUGUCCUUCUUUCCAGAAAAAUCUCCUGCCUCCAAGACAUCCAAAAUGAUGAAGCCCAUUGAAGAAACGAUGGAAGACGACGUCUUUAUAGAGUCUGAGCCAGACUCUCCUGUUAAGAAACGCCACACCCACUCAACAGCCAUAGAGGAGGUGUAACGAGAUGUGACAUUAACCUACAACAACAGUGCUGACCACCCACCUAUCUGUAACCUGAUACAGAACCUGGUUAGUUAUAGUAGAAUAACUUAAACAAUAGCUUGAAAAAGGCUUCUACAUUAUCAAAAUAUCUACAGUGGGGAGAACAAGUAU